AUGACACGUUUAACAGCGGUGCCAAGGGACAGCGUUAGCCAACUACCUCAAUCUCAGGUGUGGACCGGCAACCGCUCAGAUGUGGGGAUGACAGACCUGGUGGAGCCUCCCAAAAGGUCCUUUCUGAGGCUGCUCAUGCAUAGCAUGGUGAUGUUUGGAAGGGAGUUCUGCUACGCUGCGGAAGGAGCUUUCGCAACCCCAGUGCUGCUCAGUGUCGGCCUCCCGAGCAGCCUCUACAGUCUGGUGUGGCUCAUCAGCCCUGUUCUGGGCUUCAUCCUCCAACCCGUCGUCGGCUCUGCCAGCGACUACUGCCGCUCGAAAUGGGGCAGGAGGAGACCCUACAUCUUGAUAAUGGGGAUCCUCAUGGUGCUGGGAAUGACUCUGUUUCUUAACGGAGAUGCUUUGGUAACAGCUACCAUAAACGACAGAAAACAAAGGCAUAUUUGGGGUGUCCUUAUUACAGUAUUCGGCGUGAUCGUUUUUGACUUCUCAGCUGACUUCAUCGACAGCCCUAUCAAGGCUUAUUUGUUUGAUGUCUGCUCCCAUCAGGAUAAAGAAAGGGCCUUACACUUCCAUGCACUGUUAACUGGCCUUGGAGGUGCUGUAGGCUACCUAACUGGUGCCAUAGAUUGGAAGAACACUUUUCUGGGAAAUAUUUUAGGAUCUGAAUAUCAGGUUAUUUACGUCUUUGCUGCAAUUAAUUUCAUCGUAUUUCUAAUAAUACACCUGUGCAGCAUUCCGGAAAUUCCAUUUGGUCAGGAUGUAGAUCUUCAGAAGUUAUAUAUGUUGAAAAAUCAUACUCAUGGCUAUGGAAGCAUUGAGAGUCCUGCAGAUGGUCACCAUGAUCCAAAUUUUUGUAAGCCAAGAGCAUUGUCAGUGGUGGGGAAAUUGGAAGACAAUUUGCAAAUCACCUGCAUUAAACCAUCAGAGGAAAAGGUACUAAGACACAUAACUCUAAAGUCGCUGAUUAGAGCUCUGUUCAGUAUGCCUAUUCAUUACCGUUCUUUGUGUGUUAGUCAUCUCAUAGGAUGGACAGCAUUUCUCUCAACUAUGCUAUUCUUCACUGAUUUCACAGGGCAGGUGGUAUAUAAUGGUGAUCCAUAUGCAGAACACAACUCUACCUCAUAUAUUACUUAUGAGCAAGGUGUUGAAGCAGGAUGCUGGGGUUUGUGCAUUAAUGCCAUAUUUUCAGCAAUUUAUUCAUAUUUACAGAAGAUCCUUUUGCCAAUAAUAGGAUUGAAAGGAAUGUACUUUGUUGGAUAUUUCCUGUUUGGCUUAGGAACUGGAUUGAUUGGCCUCUUUCCAAAUGUUCUCUCCACACUGGCACUCUGUACUGCUUUUGGAGUGAUGUCUAGUACUCUCUACACUGUGCCCUUUAACUUGAUAGCUGAGUACCACAGGAAAGAAGAGAUUGAAAAAGCAAAUGGUGGAACAACUUCGAGUGAAGGCAGGGGUAGAGGCAUCGACUGUGCUGCACUCACUGCUAUGGUGCAGCUGGCACAAAUCCUGGUUGGAGCAGGUGUUGGAGCUUUGGUAAACUUGGCUGGCACUGUGAAGGUUGUUGUGGUCACUUCAUCUGCCAUCUCCUUGUUUGGUUGUUGCUUUGUUGGAUUGUUUGUCCAAUAUGAUCCAUGAGGUCAUCAUAAAAAAGUGUAA